GACACUAUCUAUUGGUGCAGAAUGCAACUAUAUUCAAGAAUUCACAAAACUCCUUGAAAACCAAACGAGCAAGUGUGCUCGGAGCUAGCUUGCACGGCUUGCGAGUGCGUGACCAGAGUGCGUGACUAACCCGUGCGCGCUCCCUGUGGGAUUCCUCUGGGCUGCAUUGUCAGCAGACAAACUCAGCCGUGCCGUCAAACAAUGGUGCCGCACGAGAGCACGCCGUGUUUGGGGAAAAGGAAGCCAGGCUUCCUUAAACUUUCAGACGGGAAGCCACACGGAGGGUGGAGCGGGAGUUUGACCAGCCAGUCUGAAAGGGGAUUAAAAAAAAUGUUUUAAAGAAAGAAAAGGAUUGACUGCACCGUCUUCACUAAGUGACGGCGCGAGAGGCAGCAGAGAGAGAGAGAGACGCGAGUUUUGGCCGCUGAAGCUCAAUCAGCUCGAACAUGGACUACGGUUUGGUGACAGCCGUCUUCUGCUUGUGUUUAGGCUCAUGCAAUGCUCUGGCGGUGCAUGCAAUAGCGAAACCACAAGCUAGUGUCCACAUGGAAGGCGAGACGGUCUGGAUUGUUUGUUCAGUGAGACCAAGCACGCCAGUAACGCCAGACCUUCGUGCACCGAGCGACAACAAUCCUCCGGACCUUAGCUGGGCGGUGAAUUACUCUACCGUGUCAUCUCACAAGGCUCAAGGCCAGUCGAAGCCGAGCAGCAAAACUAAGAAAGAGACCUCACCCAAUAUCCACGCGAAAGGCAUCGACAGCACCGCAAAUCCCACUGCGGUUGAAAGGCGAAGGCCGCCACCUUUGGACCAAAGAGACUUGGAGAUUUUGACUGGCGAGUCUCCACCAACAGGACACCAAGGAGAUGCCGGAAAAAGCCCCGUAAGAGCAUCGCAGCUCAAACCAAUGCUUGGCAGAGCCAGGACAAGGAGAGCUAAGACACCGAACACUAAAAUACCUCGGUUGAUCUCUAAAACUCUCGACAACUCGACGGAGGAUGAUCAGAAUUUGGAUAAAACCAAACUCGCAGAACACGGCAAGGAACACAAACAAGGGAAGCCCGCGAACAAAUUAGUGGACGUUUCAAACGCAACGCUGCUGCAUUCUGCUUCACGCACUGCUUCGGUGGUUGGGGUUCGCAAGAAGAUGCCGGAAAAUCGGACCAAGUCACUUACACUGACUUACAGAUCAAAACAAUUGAACCAGACAUCCAGUCAGGCUGCUAAGAAGGUUGAACAAGGGGCAAGACCAGGAUCACCUAAACUGCCCGUGAAGAACUCCAGAUUGACGAAGUUUGAAAAAACACCAAGACUGAGCCAACCAAAGCAAACUACUCUGAUUGCAAAUCAACAUCACAAUCAAACAAAGCCAAACAGUGAAAAACCAAAACACAAGGGGCAAGGUAAAACAGCAGAGCAUAGCUCGGAGACACAAACCCAGCGAAUAGGCCAACAUCAAACAAACGAAAAGGCUUCCCUGCCCUCUAAGUCAACACAAGCUCCAGCUGUGAAGGUCCAAAACCGGAACACAACAUCGCAGCAUGACCCAGACCAACAAGAGGCAUCGCCUCGUCUUACCAAAGACCACACUAAACCAGUAAAAAGAAUAUCAAGCGGUGACAAGUCCACAGAAAGCGUUGCCACUGACCCAAGUCACGAGAACAAUUCGAGGUUAGGCACGAAUCUUGGCCGCUCUAGAGCAACGCAGAAAGGAACGAGGGCAAAUAAGCCACAAGAACAUGCAAACAAACUGGGUCAUACAAUCACUGCUCAAGCUCAUGCCACCUUGAAAACACCUUUACAAAAUCCACCGCUGGAGGUCACCUUGGGCGAAACGGAUGUCAAAGACAAAACGGAAUAUGAGCCAACUAAAGAAAUGCACAUCCUUACUGAAACCAGUGACAUUUUGGACCCAGUAGAGCCUACUCAGGUGAGCUCACGCCAAAGAACGACGAUUGAAAAUGUCUUGACGAUGGUUAAAGCAGCCGAUUCAAAUCUGGGGCGAUUAAAUCGCACAAACAACACAAAUAAGACUGGACAAUUAAAACCAAAACCCCCUGCACAUGCACAUCCAGAUAAGAAGCAGCCCAUGCGACAAGUCCCUGAGAGAAAAGGCUCAGACCACAAGAAACCACUCAUUAAAACUCCAGGCUAUUUAACACCUCAAAAAACAACUGAAACCCAUAAUAAACUCAUGGUCGUUCCCACUCAAACCACCUUUAUAACAACAAAAACCAUCACACCACCACCGCCAGAACACGCAAGCCCAACUCGUGGAAUCUCAACAAGGUUGGAAAUAUCCAAACAAAUGAACCCAGCCACAGCUCGGCCCGUGGAUCACUCCCAUGAGCUGGUCGUACAGUGGCUGCUGGCAGGCGUCGAUGGGUCAGAGGUGGAGAUUGCACGUCGAGACCGGCGAGGGAAACUCAAAGUCGCCGAGGAGUUUCGGGAGAGGCAGAGAACUGGUGGCCUGGACUUGAGUUGGGACCCAUCGCUCCUCGCGUUGUCGCUGAGCCUCUCUCCGGCAGUACGAGCUGACGUGGGGACGUAUCGAUGCGUGGCCACGAGCGGCUGGGAAGACGGGGUUCUCAAUGCCUCGGCAGAGGUGAAACUCAGAGUCCUGAGACCAGACUCCAACAUCUAUCCUCACCAGGAGACCCCGUCAACCAAAGGACCCAGCUCCAUUGAGGAAAUGGUCUUCAAUGAAGGGGUGCCAAUGUCCAUCUCGCAAGAGCUCUAUAUACUGACGGUGGCAGUGUGCUCUCUGGGACUCAUCAGCCUCCUGCUCUUUCUGUCCAUCAUCCUGCACCGACACAGGACCAGGAAGCACCGCUCCACAUCUGCAGCAUCCAGAAGCUUUCAAGACUGCAAAUGCAGUCUUAACAGGAGCCACUCAAAAGUGAACGGCUGCACAGCUAGUGACCAUCAAGCCUGCACAAACAGUGCCAAGGUUAUCAAAACCCUGCAAGACAAAUUUGCAGAAAACAGAGCGUCAGUGACCAGAAGCAGUGUGUGUACACUGCCGGAACCCUCCAUCUCUGCGGACUUGCCUCCAGAGCCACGGCCGAUCUCGGCGGAGGAACUGGUGCCGUGCGAUGUGACAUAUGCAGCCUUGGACCUGACCAGACCAGUGGCCACAAAGCCCCAGCCAUUACCGCGCACCAUCUACGCGCAGAUCAGCUUCUCCCAGACCAAGAACGGCUGAUGCUGAAGUCUGGCACCAGCACCAUCCGCUGAUUUUCAAGGCAGUAUUUUUCGUCUGAAGACACGAGCCCAUUCUUAUCAUAGACCAAGGGUCAGCAAAUAAGUUAACAAGAGAAAUUAUUUCAAAUUCAGUAAAAAAAAACCCUCCAUGUUUCAAGAGCCACAAUGCAUGUGGUGAAUGAGACGGUGGCCCUUAAUAAUGUCACAAAUCAGUCCUUAAAGAGCUGCAUGCGGCUCCGGAGCUCCAGGUUGCCGAUCCUAUCAUAUACCAAUGUAUACACCACUUCAAGCUCUCUCCAUUGGGGCCUAGAUAAGCUCUGUAAUCCAUUGACAGAACAGUCCAUGUUUGUAUCAAUGUAUUCUAGACCAAGCUCCAAAUAAAAACCGGUGCACAGGAUGAACGUUUAGAGACAGAAGUGCUCUUCUCUGCACCACAGUUAAAAAUCAAUGGUUUCUCUGAAGGAGACCCGAGAAGAAUAGCAGCAGGCCUGUCUUAAAGAGUCCGCUGUUGUUUAAGUAUUCGGUAAGAUCAGUGCACCUGGCCACCGACGCACUUGACCGAGCAGGCUCCAAACUGGUGAACAAAAGAAUACGGACUGUCCGAGUGCUUUUAUAUUGAUUCCUUAUUUAAACAAUUCUUCAAUAAAUAAAAAUAUAACCUUAAAAUGGCUCCUUCGGAGCUGUUGCUUAAAUCCAGCAGUAUUUUAAAUGGUACCGUAACUUGCAAAAUUGUAAAGUAUUUGCCUGUUUUUAUGGUUAUUUUUUAACUUGUGUACAUACUGUAUUGAUAUUUCAGCAUAAACGUUAAAGAAAAAUAGAGGCCAGGUCUGGGCCAAAUCCAAGACCAGUUCCAAACUUUGUGUGUACAUUACCGUACAUAUAAUCCCAGGAAGCAGUCAUCACAUUUUACCUUUAACGCCAUUUUGGUCACUUGUACUCCAUUAAAUACAGGAAUGAAACACUUAGUGUAGCUUAAGAAUGAGCUCAAACGUUACAUAGUAAACUAGUAGUUUGAGUGACCCAAUUAGGACUUGAGGCCAUUGCCCGUCCAUGAAAAAUUCAGCCCAAAUAAUUGUCAAAAAGUAUUAAUGUAUUUUCAUUGGCUUGGGGAUUUCAUUAAAGUAUGAGAAAAGCAAAAAGACCAGCUUUGAGAGGCCCAUGUGAACAUAGUCCAUUCCAAUAUUAACCACAUAAUAAUCCACAUUUUAUAACUGCAGCACAUGUCAAAAACAAGUGUUCAAGAUGUAUCCACAAAUGAUGUGCUUAUGAUGCUUAUUUGUGUAAAAAUAAAAUAUUGCAGACAGCA